GGUGUGCGCGGGCACGGAACCACUGAGAUUGAGGGAGCGCGCAACUCAACGCCAGCUGUCCUCUGAGGGGAACCCUAACCGCCCCUCCCCAAAAGACAUGUCUGCAACCGCGAAGAACACAGAAUUUUGAGUCAUUUAUUCUUCAGGCGACAAGGACCUGCUCAUAAAUUCACUCGCUUCGAUACUACAGCUUUGGUAUCACCUUUACACAGCGACAGCCCGGCAGCACAGCAACGCCCAUAGCAACGGCACUGCGCAUCCUCAUUCUGUUUCUUUGACCCAGCAACACCGGCCGCCCUCCACCAUCAACCAACCUGUUUUUCAACGACCUUCUAAACGCUGGAUCCAUAUCACACACUUGUGUUUUUCUUUUUAUCGCAAAGGACGAUGGACGCGCCGUGUGCGGUUAUUCUCUCAUCAGUCAAAGUCACUCCUCAUUCUGAAAGCCCUUCCUUCAGCUGAAACACUGAGGGAUCAUCCUCCCUUCAACUCACCUGUAAGUUCUGGACUAUCAAGGACCUGGCAGCGGCACGGGAGCUCCGCCCACCACACCCUCUAAAUGAGGGACAAGGCCACUCAGACCCCUAGGGCCUGGGUAGAUGAGCGGAGGAGAGGUUCUCAUAAGCGAUCGGCUUCCUGCGGCAGCACUGACCAGCUGAAAGAGAUCGCAAAAUUGCGACAACAGCUCCAGCGGAGCAAACGCAGCAGCCGUCACCGCCGGGACAAAGACCGCAAGUCACCCUUUAAUGGCAACCAUACCAUCAUCCAGUCACAGUCUCAGAUGCCAAAAACCAUCCUGAUUCCCAUCCCCAUCUCUAAGUCUACACCUCCCAGAUUUCGGAACAGCAUAGAGGGGCUCAACCAGGAGAUUGAACGCAUCAUCAUACGGGACACUGUGGAACGAGAUGAGAUCAUAGUACCACAGGAAGUUCCUGAUGGGCACCGUGCGCCCCCUCCUAUCCCCCAGCGCAGCAGCAGCACACGCAGUAUUGACACACAGACGCCCUCCAACGGCGCGCUCGGCAGUAACCGUAGCAACAGCAGCAGCCGGGCUGACUCUGUCUCGCCCUCGUACCUCAGUAUCCUUAACGACACAGUCGGAAGCAGCCCGCUCGAUGACACGCUCAAUGAGAGCAAAGAAAGAGACCUGGGACCUUGGUCCCCUCUGCCCAAAUAUGCUUCCUCUCCAAAGCCCAACAACAGCUAUAUGUUUAAACGUGAGCCUCCGGAGGGCUGUGAGAGAGUUAAAGCUUUUGAAGAAAUCCAGCCAAGGCCUCUCCAGGAGAUUCCUCCAUAUCUCUGUCCAGACAGAAACAAGGUGAACUUCAUUCCCAAGAGCGGCUCUGCUUUCUGCCUGGUGAGCAUUUUGAAGCCUCUGCUGCCCACCCAGGAGCUGAACUUCCGUAGCGGGGUGGGAUACCGCAGCAUGUCCCCCUCCUUGGUGCCUCUGGGUGGUGUUGCGGUAAGGAGCCUGUCCCCCUCCAUGGGUCCCGUUCUGUCUCGUGGACGUCAGUCACCAUGUCUCCCACGACAUCUUGAGGAGCCAGAGGGUUAAAACUCAACACAAGAACAUUUUUCCCACACUCCUGUAUCGUCUGAUAGAGUCAGAGCUUUGUUAGGAUUUUAAGAACCGGUUCUGAACAACUCCGAGCAAUAUCAGUCUGAAACUUGAACAUGAGUUUUUUGUUUUGUUUUUUUGCUAUCUAAGGGUAAUGGUAUUACCGUACUUGUAAAAGGAGGAUUGAAAGGUUUUCUAGAUGGUGUAUGUAUAUAGAUGAAACAAUUUUAGUAUUGCACUGCUUUUUACUUUCUCAACGAGUUAUUGUAUUUUACCAUAAAGCCUUUGAAUUUUCUUAUGUAUAGCUGCAUCUUUUAACCUACACAAAAGUUUGGAAUAAUUAAGAUGUUUUUGAAAUAAGUUUUUUAUGCUCACCAGCAAUAUUGUGAAAUAUUAUUACAGUUUAAAAUAAAUGUUUCCUGUUUUAAUCUAUUUUAAAAUGUAAUU